AUGAAUAAAUUUUUGAUAUUCCUGCUUCUAGCACUUGGGAGAUGCUCGCUGGAAGAUGAAGUUAGCCCUGUUAUUUAUAGCUGAAAUAUGAUUAGGACGAAUUGUUGAAUUAUUUUGGUUUUAUUGACGGCAAUUAUUGGAGUUUUGGUUAUUAUAAAGCUGCUUUUUAUGGUACAUAAAAAGCAAGAACCAAAUUUGAAGAGUGACUUGACUUUUUUGAAAGAAAAAACAAUUUUUAACACAAAAUAUGAUUUUCUUGUAGAAAGACCUUCAGAAAAAUCAAAACUACUUGAGAAAAAAGACAAGCCAAGGUAUGAUACGAAUAUAUAUAGAGAAACUCCGAUAAGGCUUACAAUUGUUUAA